GCCCAGCCGACGCUGCUGCAACAUGUUCCGCACUCUCCUCGUCGUCGUGGCCCUUGGGGCGGCCGCUUACGCUGCCCCCAACUACGCCUUCAACCAGAUCGACGAGUUGGUGGGCCGCAUCUCGGUGUGCCUGAAGCCUGUGCCCCAGGGCGGCUUCAGCAACCCCGCCACCGACUGCAUGUACAAGGCCCGGGACAACUUGAGGAGCGUCUACGCCAAGGAGACGCAGGCCGCGUUCAUCGCCUCGUGCCUGCUGAACUACAGGAACCCCGUGAAGGCCAGCAUCGUGGCCACCGCCAAGAAGUGCCUCACCGAGUCCCUUGCCAAGCCCGUCAAGCCUGCGCUCAAGAAGGUGACCUACUCCACCAAGCAGCAACAGGAGAUCGGCAGCCGCAUCAAGGCGUGCCAGUCUAGCAUCGUGGAGCCUAAAGGCUCCAGCCCCGCCGCCGACUGCCGCAACGACGCGCUCAUCGAGGCCCAGAAGGGCUACCCCAAGGAGUCCCUGGCCGACUUCAUCGCGCCUUGCCUCACCGGAAAGAAAAUCGCUGCGAAGCUCGUCGCUCAGGCGAAAACGUGCAUCGUUGCCUCUCUGGCCAAGCCUCUGAGCACCCGUUGAUUCGCCACCGAUGGCCCGAGAGUGAGAGCGUCUGUUUUCCACGGGUUGUUGCAAUAAAGAAAUCAGUAUGGCUCGAA